UUCGUGUUACCUACCGCCCGUCAAUCAAAAUAGAAAAGAAAUCUGAGAGUUCCCACUUAUUAUUGUGCGUAUAUACAGCAAAUGUAAUCCGCUGAUCAUGCCCCGUUGCUUGUGACUAUCAAGACCUCCCGGUUUAAGACAAGGCACGCAAUGACUGCCCCAGAACAGCCGCUGAAACCAGGUGAUAUGGCUGCCCUGGACGUGGACGGCAGUCAGGGCGAUUUCAUGCAGCAGGAUGAAGGCAAUCAGCUAUCACCCCUUGACCUGCUGGCAACGACCUGCACUAAGGUUGGGUCGCCAUCAUCACAGGUGGACAGAGGUGCUGCUGCUGAUGAGACAUCAGAUCCGUCUUCGCAGCUCACUGGAGCUGUCAAGUGGGACGCAUUAACUCCCACAACAACAUCAAAGGAUGAGUCUGGAAUAAUACACAUCCAAAGUCAAGGAAUACUGACAUCAAACGGACAAUAUGUUCUUCCUCUGCAAAACCUGCAGAGUCAGCCUAUCUUUGUGACGUCAGGAACGGAUAACUCUUCUGCCAAUUCAGUGCCUAGCAUUCAGUACCAAGUAAUUCCUCAGAUUCAGACCGCAGACGGACAGCUGAACUUCUCCACGUCUGGUGUGGAAGGACCAACUCUGACUCAGGAUGCCACAGGACAGAUUCAGAUCCUGCCUGAUGGCAGCCAGAGUCUCAAUUUGACAUCGACUGCGAACAUCCUUAACAACAACCAGAACCUCAUUUCACAGACUGGUAACGUCCAGCAGAUCCACGGGGUUUCAAUCGGCAGCUCCACUUUUAGCAACCAGGGCCAGGUUGUUACCAAUGUGCCUGUGGGCUUGCCUGGGAACAUUACCUUUGUUCCUAUUAACAGCGUUGACUUGGACUCCCUCGGACUGUCGGGUGCUCAGACUAUAGCAACGGGGGUCACUGCUGAUGGCCAGCUAAUUAUGGCCAGUCCGGCCACAGAUGGCUCAGAACAUUCACAGACACUACCAGUAAAUGACUCAAAUACAAAUACUGAGAUAUUUGUGCCAACAUCUUCCUCUCAGCUACAAGCUCCAGCAAACGAAGCUAGUGUUCUUACACAAGACACUUCACUGCCGUCAGCGGCUACAGAGCAACCCCAGGAAGGUUUCGUUCAGCAGAAUCAGGAGCAGAACGUCCAGGUGUCUUCGGCCCAGCCAAUCCUCCAGUUGCAGCAGGUGCCUGUCCAGACCACCAACGGUCAGGUGGUCCAGUCGGUGGCGGCAGGCGGGCAGAACCUGCAAAACGUGCAACUGAUCAAUCCAGGAACCUUCAUCAUCCAAGCUCAGACCGUAACGCCGUCGGGUCAGAUACAGUGGCAGACCUUUCAGGUGCAGGGAGUGCAGAACCUUCAGAAUCUGCAGCUGCCCACCACGCCACCCCAGCAGAUAACGCUGGCCCCGGUCCAGACGCUGUCGCUGGGAAGCCUCGGCCCAGGGCAGAUCCCCAACCUUCAGACGGUGACGGUCAACUCAGUGGCCCAACAGGAGGGAGGCUCAGGGACCCCUGGAGCUAUUCAGAUCAAGCAGGAGCCAGACUCUGGAGAUUGGCUAAGUGCAGACUCGACUCUGAACACCAGCGAUCUGUCCCACCUCCGUGGCCGGCCCGUGGAUGACGAGGAUCAGCUCGGCCAAGAGGGCAAGAGGCUGCGCAGAGUGGCGUGUACUUGCCCUAACUGCAAAGAGUCUGGUGGGAGGGGCUCCAACAUGGGGAAGAAGAAGCAACACAUCUGCCACAUCGCAGGCUGUGGGAAAGUCUAUGGAAAGACAUCACACCUACGAGCACACCUGCGCUGGCAUUCUGGGGAACGGCCGUUCGUCUGCAGCUGGAUGUUCUGUGGGAAGAGGUUCACACGCAGCGACGAGCUGCAGAGGCACAGGAGAACGCACACAGGAGAGAAGAAGUUUGUGUGCCCAGAAUGUUCCAAGCGCUUCAUGCGGAGCGACCACCUGGCGAAACACAUUAAAACUCAUCAGAACAAAAAAGGCGUGAACUCUGGCGGCACGGCGGUGGCCUCGAUGGAAUCCGCGGGUUCCUCCGACAGCAUCAUCACCACGGGAGGCGGGACGACCCUCAUCCUCACCAACAUCCAGCAGGGCUCCAACAACGCCCAGGACAUCCUGGCCAACGCCGAGAUCCCCCUGCAGCUCGUCACCACCAUGGCGGCGAGCGAAGUCUUGGACUGAUUUGCGCCCCGCUUCUGAACUUUCUGCUACACCUAUCAUACUGUAUACUGCUACCUGCGUUUUUAUUCACGUUUUGAAGGAAAAUUAUAAAUAUAUAUAUUUUUAACACAGAAAUAGACGGCCAAUGUCCAUUCUUGGUUUCCAGUGAGGAAAAAUAAGCAAGUGGAGACUAAAAUGUGGAAAAAGACAUUGCAGUAAAUACACAAGGAAAUGCCUUAUUUUGUACAAUGUUGUGUAGUUUCAAGUGUAGGAUUUCAGUCCAUUUUACUUCCACGUAUUUGUUAAAUAUGUGUUUUUCCUGAAAAACCGAUUGUGAUUACCUAAUUUUUCCAGACCUUUGGUUGAUGUUGUAUUUGGAUUAUCUCUUUGGUAAACCAAAUUUUCUUCCGUAUUCCUUUCAGCAGAAACUAAACCACACAGCAGUGCUAAUUUUAAUCAGCUGAAGCUAAGUUGAAAGUCAAUGCACAUUUCUUUUUUUCAUUAUCAAUUAUCUGGCAAUCAGUCUCCUCACAAGGUCCUUCUUACUUCAGCUCUUCUUUAUGAAUUUGUUUAAACGUACUAAACUUUCCACACGAUAAUGAAAAACAAUCAGAAUUUUGUGUUUAAUCCUCUUGAACGUAAACUGUUUAUGACUGACAUGAUUUGCUUUGUAAGUGUUUUGACUGAACAGGUAUUUAUAACGGGCUUUACAUAGACGAUGCAUUUGUGAUAUCGAAGGUCUAAAAUAUUUCAAAUGGCUCCAUUAUAUGUAAUUCUGAUGUGUUUUUGUACCCUUUUUUUGGAGGAUUUCAGAACAAAAACAAAACGUGUAAAUAUAACGAAAAAAAGCCAUUUUGUUUGGCUUCAAUUGCCAAAUUUGACUCGAACUCAGGGUGACUUUUGACUGCGUGCUAUAAGUAGAGUAAAUCAUCCCUGUAGCUUUUCGGGCCGUGGUUUGGUGGGUUCUCUUUGUUUGUUUGUUUGUUUCUUUCAUAGACAAAAAGCUGAUUAAUCUGUCAUUGCAUUAACCUGUGCACAUAAUUAUUUUGCUUGCAAGACGACCCUUGUUUCCAUAACCGAAACAGCUUUGCAGUUUGGUUUUUUUGUGCAAGUAACUUGCUCAAUCAAUGCUGUUUAAAAAAAAAAAAAGAGGAAAAAAAAGUACAAGUAUUGAAACUGGUACCCUUUUUAGCCGCGUCGCUCUCAGUUUUAAUCUUGUUGAUCCCUUUUGAAGUGAAAUAAUUUGGAAGCAGUUUGUUAAAACCAGUGUCAGUUAAUGUGCAAAAUUUCAGAAUAUGCAUUUUUUGCAUUAAUCAUGUUACAUUCCCCCUUUUUUUUUUUUCCAUGUUUAUGAUUUUAUCUCUUUAUCUCAAACCUUCCUGCCUCCACGUUGUUAUAUGGAAUGCACAUGCACAUUGAACAGUGAAUUUCAUGCUGAUGUAUUUGGAUCUUUUUAAUUUGUCGGAAUGGAUGAAAAAUAUGUCACCUCCCGCAGCCACAGCGAGACUCUGAACAUGGAUCAGCUUCUUAUUCUUUACUAAACCGUAAAGGUUUGUCUUUACUCCAUUCUUAUGUAAAAAUAUGUCAAUAUACAGUAUAACAAUAUAAAUCUUUCUGUUAAACCUGAA